AAUGGCACUUUUCAAUAACCUCUUGAGUACAACUUUCUCUCCUCUAAGGCACUUCCUAUUUAUUUGAUUCCCUAUCAAGCUGCCAUUUAUUUUCUCAACUUGCUUGUCUAAGGGACUCUUAAACACUUCCCCUUACCCCACCAAACUUUUCUCUCUCGUUUCCACGUAGCUUUGUUUCGACAGAAAAAAAAAAAUUAAAAAAAAAGUUUACAACAUAAUUUGCAGCUUUAGAAAAGUGUUUUCCAAAGAAAAGUUUGUGAGUUGAAGAUAAGAUUUUAAGAUUAACGUACACAUGGGAAGACACUCUUGUUGCUACAAGCAGAAGUUAAGGAAAGGACUUUGGUCUCCAGAGGAAGAUGAGAAGCUUUUGAAUUACAUCACCAAACAUGGUCAUGGAUGUUGGAGUUCAGUUCCCAAACUAGCUGGUUUGCAGAGGUGUGGAAAGAGCUGCAGGUUAAGGUGGAUAAAUUACUUGAGGCCUGAUUUGAAAAGAGGAGCAUUCUCACAACAAGAAGAGAAUUUGAUUAUUGAACUCCAUGCAGUCCUUGGAAACAGAUGGUCUCAGAUUGCAGCACAGUUACCAGGAAGAACUGAUAAUGAGAUUAAAAAUCUUUGGAAUUCAUGUCUCAAAAAGAAGCUAAGACAAAAAGGCAUUGACCCAAACACACACAAACCACUCUGUGAAGUUGAAAAUGACAAGGAAAAGCCACUCAUAACAAACAAAACCAAUCAAAAAGCCUCAGUUUCAUCCAAUGAAGUUAUGAAUUUGGUAAUUGAGCCUUCAAAACCAAAACCAACUACUGCUUCCAUUUCUAUAGAAGGAUACCCUCUUGAAGUUUCUACAAGUUCCAUCAACAGGUCAUCUGAUAUGUCAGGUUAUUUUUCUUUCCAACACUUGAACUAUGAACCAAACAUGGUGAUUUCUGAAAACAUUCCAAAUGCUUCUAUUUGUUUCACACCAACCUCAAAUUCUUCACAAAUUAUGUCAGAUACUAAUAACUCUGGUAUAACUUCAACUAUGCUUCAUUCUGUUUCAACCUCAAUUUUCCAAACACCAACAAAUGUAAAGCCAACUGUUUCAAUAUCUUCUGAUGGAGUUCAAAACUGGGAAGCAAGUAACAACAACUUCAGUAGUAACAUUAACAACACAAACAACAGCACUUUACCUUUACAAGAAGAAAUGAAAUGGUGUGAAUAUCUUAACACACCAUUUCUUAUGCAGAAUCAACAACCCUCUCAACCUCAAUCUAUCUACAAUGAGGUUAAACCAGAAACAGGUUUCAUAACAGAUGAGUCAUGUGGUACUAGUUGGCACCAUCAGCAAAAUCAGCAGCAACCACAACAAGCUUUUCAACUUUCUGAUAUAUAUAGCAAGGAUCUUCUGCAGAGAUUUUCAGUGGCUUUUGGACAAACCCUUUAGCCUGUUCUAUACUAAAAUUGUGGAAAUGUGGAAACUUUCAAUUCAAAGAAAGAAACAAAGAUGGUGAUGGACUUUUCCUAUAUAGGUCAGAAGUUUCUUAUAUGUGAGUUUUCUGACCACAGGUGUGUGCUGUAAAUUUCCCUUUUCAAAAAAAAACUUCCAUAUUGUAUAUGUGUUUGAUACCCAAAAAAAAAUCUUUUUUCAGCAUUAUUAUGUAAUUACAGUAUAAUAAUUUGUGAUUGAUCCCAGCUUAUUUAUAAACCAUUUUUUUAAUUUCCUCAAGCAUAGAGGCAAUUCUUCAGAAUAAGGCUUGUUGCAAAAUUAUUCAGUUACUAUUAUGGAUCUGUAUUCUGUGAAUUUUUGUGUAUAUAUAUAGUUGACUGCACUUUUUAUA